CGGGCAUUAGUAUUCACGUGACGAAAACUGGAGAGCGGCCUCCACAUUUCAGCCUCAAGGCUCAGUCGCCCAACUCACUUUUUGCGCAGCUUCCUCUUCUUCCCCAACUUAUCCAUCCCAAGCUGUGGAGGUUGACCUAUCAUUCCAUCUGCACAACGUUUGACCACUCUUAGGACAACAGAAUUUCACAGUGCCCCGGACUGGUCUGGUCUGGUCCGUCUCGCAAAUUUUCACCUCCCGUGGCGAGGCUCUCGCUGGAAUUUGACUUUGGUCGCGCUCUCUCACCCCGCUCACAGCCUUCCCAUCGUGGCCAAGCUGAGGUUUCAGGGACCGCAGCAGCAAACAUGACCGAGGUCUCCUCCACCCGCCUGUACUUGGGCAAUUUGCCCCGGACUGCUACCAAGGCCGAUGUUGAGGCUCAUUUCGCCUCCCACGGCACUGGUGAGAUCACUGAGAUCAAGCUGAUGAAUGGCUUUGGUUUCAUCGAGUACAAGGACGCCAUGGAUGCCCGCGACGUCGUCCCUGCUUUCCAUGGAUCCGACUUCAUGGGCGAGCGCCUGACCGUCCAGUUUGCCCGUGGCUCCCGUCACCGCGAAGGAGCCCCUGGCGGCGGCUUUGGCAACCACGAGCGCACCGCUCCUCGCCCGCGCCGAACACCCCACCGCAUGCAGAUCAGUGGACUCCCGACUGAAACCAGCUGGCAGGACCUCAAAGACUUUGCCCGACAGUCUGGACUCGACGUCGUCUAUUCGGAGACGGGCCGAAACAGCAAUGGUGAAGGUUUUGUCGAAUUUGAGACCGCAGCUGAUCUUCGCACUGCCGUGGAGAAGCUAGACGGUCGAGAGUUCAAGGGCCAGCGUGUCACAUGCGUUGCCAACACUCAGCCGGACCCCCCACCACGGGACCGUGCCCGCUCCAGAUCCCCUGGCCGGCGGCCUUACGCACCUCCCGCGGACGACUACGACCGCCGAGGCCCUCCUCGGGGAGGAGCCGGGUACAGCCCUCGCCGUGAUGGUGGCUAUCGCGAUGGCUAUCGCGACCGAAGCCCUCGCCGGGAUUACUACGACGACCGUAGCCGGUACAGGUCCCCUCCACGUCGCGGCCCUCCCGGUGAUGACUAUCCAGCACCUCCACCGCGGGGUCGCUACGACGACCCCUACCGCCGUGACUACCCCCCUGACCCGUAUGUUAACGGGCGGCCUUACGACAGACCUCCCCCCCCACCGCGCGACUUCCCUCCGCGCGAUGGUGGAUACCCCCGGGAGGGUCCUUAUCCCCGUGAUGGCUAUGAGCGUCGCUACUGGUAAUUACUACCAUUCUUUUAUAUCGUCGCGGUCCUUGACCUCUUGGUGUAGAUCUCGGAACCGGCCAGCCCUCCACCAACCAACCCCACGCCUCUACAGCUUUGUACGGGUCAUGUUCAUGACGGAUGUCGGUUCUUGCUGGCUGUCACAGGAUUCUUGUGGUGUUAUUAUCUGGCUAUGGUUUUCGGAGAGGGGGAAAUUGAAUGAGAUUGUCUUCGCUCCGCCUCUUGACUUGAAGGGCGUGGUAAUUGUUGCAUCGGAAACCCAGACGCCGUUUUGGCAUGUUUUCUUCACGGGCGGG